UUCAGUGCUGGUAGCAUUGUUACCACAAAAAAAUCCAGUGAAAUUGUGAGGCACUUUAUUCAUUCCUGGGUGAGUGUUCAUGGAGCCCCAUCUAAAAUUUUUUGUGACAAUGGAGGUGAAUUCAAUAAUGAGGAAAUGAGAGACAUGGCUGAGAACUUUAAUAUUGAAGUGAAAACCACUGCUGCCUACAGUCCAUGGAGUAAUGGAUUGAUGGAAAGACAUAACCAGACCCUUACAGAGAUCCUGUUAAAAGUGAAGAAAAGCAGUGUUUGUGACUGGAAAGCAGCCCUAGAUUGGGCCUUGAUGGCAAAGAAUACAAUGCACAAUGUGCAUGGAUUUAGUCCAUACCAGCUGGUGUUUGGACAAAACCCGAACCUACCUUCUGUGCUGGUUGAUAAACCGCCUGCCCUGGAGGGCACUACCAUGAGUAAAUGGGUAGGACAACACAUUUCAGCAUUACAUGCAGCAAGGACAGCGUUUACUGAGGCAGAGUGCUCUGAGAGAAUCAGGAGAGCUCUGCGCACACAGCUUCGCAGCACAGAUGAAUACUACGAAACUGGAGAUAAAGUGUACUACAAAAGAAUGGACUGCAAUGAAUGGAAAGGCCCUGGGGUGGUAAUUGGACGAGACGGGGUGGUAAUAUUUGUUAGACAUGGAGGCUCCUAUGUCCGGGUGCAUCGCUGUAGACUGCGCAAGGCCACUGAUCACUACACUGACACGUCUCGUGACAGACAAGAAAGCCAGACAGAACUUAAUGCAGCAGAAUGUGACAUUGAACAUGUUGAAGAUCUACCCGAUACUGUAUCUAGUGAUGUAGACAGUGUGCCUGACACAGAGAAUGCGGCAGGGAGCUCAAAUAAUGACAGAGACGGCAAUGAGCAUGAUAAUGAUCCAUCCGACAGACAACCUCCUAUCAUAAGAACAGACCGUAGUAUGAAUCUAAAGGCAGGACAAUUCAUAAAGUAUGUGGAAAGAGACACUGGAAUUUCACACACAGCAAAAGUGCUAGGUCGAGCGGGAAAGGCAACUGGAAAACACAAGGACUGGUACAAUCUGGAGUACACUGAGCCAGUUAACCUCACUGGCACAACAAGGUCAGCUGACCUUUCACAGGUUGACACACUGCAGAUUCAGUCAUCGGACAGGGUGGAACAGCCAUCUGAUCACGAGGAUGUACUUGUUACAAAGGAUGUGUCAUUUGAAUCAGCUAAACUUACUGAAAUCAGUAACUGGGAGAAACACGAUGUGUUUGAUGAAGUAAAAAACAUGGGACAAAAAUGCAUUUCCACAAGAUGGGUGUGUACACUCAAAGACACACCAGACGGCAUAGUUCCAAAAGCAAGGCUAGUGGCGAGAGGAUUUGAAGAGCUAAACACAAAAGAUCUCCCAAAAGACUCGCCAACAUGUGCCUCAGAGUCUCUUAGACUACUCAUGUCUGUGAUAUGUCAAAACCGAUGGACACCCCACUCUAUGGACAUAAAGUCAGCAUUCCUUCAAGGAAAUGAGUUAUCCCGAGACAUCUAUGUUCGUCCACCACCUGAAGCUAAGAGCGAGGGAACUCUAUGGAAGCUAAACAAAUGUGUUUAUGGACUAAAUGAUGCAUCACUGUACUGAUUUUCACAACAACCGUAAUCCCUCACCUGCAAUCUACCUUUCAAGUGGGCAGAGAAGAACAUGACAGUUUUCGCUAUGUAGGCAUGGAGUACGUCACUGCAAAUGGAGUAACAUGUAUGCAUCAAGACAAUUACAUACAGAAUCUCCAGCCAAUUCACAUAGACAUCUCCAGAGCCAUGAGACGGGAUGCUCUUUUGACUGAAAGUGAAAUUGAUGACCUGAGAUCAAAAAUAGGUCAACUUCUGUGGGUUGCCAGACAAAGUAGACCGGAUAUUAUGUUUGAUACAUGUGUCCUUGCAGCUAACAUAAAACAUGCUACUGUGCAGACUUUACAUGACACAAAC